AUGACGAGGGUGCGCUGGCAACCCUUCGACUUCGAGAGUGUGCCGGCGAUCUGCCCCCGGUGUGGAUGCAUGGAUCAUGCGGACGCCGCCGCAUGUCGUUUUCCGGCGACUGGCCGAGCUGCGGGCGGCCCGACCUCGGGAGCGGAGGACCCUGGGGGCGGGACGGACCGGACGCCUCCGGCCACUGAGGAGGAGGACCAAGGGCCAGUGCACGGCCCUUGGAUGGUGGCAACGCGGCGGAGAGUUCCACGGGAGAACCCUCCGCCGCGACCGGGGGAGACGACCAGGCCCGACAAGGGGCCUGGGUUGUCUUCGACCCGGUCGCCACCCCCUGCGGCCAGCCCGACCUCGCCGGCGUCACCGGCGGACACCGACGGUUGGCAGAAGCCAACGAAAGUCGCGCGCCGCCGGUCGCCGCUGGCCAGUGAGGGGGAUAGACCAGUCCCGGCCGCCCUAACAGGGGCGGUCUGGUUUCCUUUGGCCGGCAACCCGGGACCUGACUCGGUCGAACCGGGGCCAAGUCGGCGGGUCGACCCGGCUGUCUCGGUUGACCCGGCCCCCCCGCGGGCCGACCAUGGGCCCAACGGGGCGGUCGCGGCCCGGGCCCAGAAUCAAAAACGGCCCAGGCCCCUAGCGGGCCUUGGCCCACAUGGGGGCCCAGGCCUGCUCGUCCAAAAUACAGGGCAGGCCCAGCGCGCACGGGCCCAGCGGGCUGGGCGCCGCGGCCGUGGGCCGGCCCACUUGAUCGGCGCGCCCUGCGCCAACGGCGCGCCGCGCCCUGACGGCGCGCCAGGCGCAGGAGGCGCGCUGCCGCCUGCGGGCGCGCCAUGCACCGGGUCGCGCCUGUUGACGCGGGCGCGCCCUGCACCGGGUCUGCGUCUGCCGUCGGGGGCCCCUCCUGGCGAGUGGGCCGCACCUCCUUUGGAACAGCAGGGCCCGCGGGCCCAACUUGCUGUGGGGCCGCAGGCCUCGCUAGUUUCGGGCCUUGGAGCUGGUACGGAGGCCCCGGCGACCCAGGAUCUGGCUGGUGGGGGCCCACGGGACUCUGCCCAGCCAGCCUUGGGUGCGGGGGAUCUGGCUGACCUGUCUCCCUUGGCCCGGGACGAGCUGACCACGGAUGGGGGACCUGUGGCACUAGCGGGGGCCUUUCCAGUUCACCCCACCAGGCCAGGAGCUGGCGGUGGGUCUGGGGUUCUCGCAGGCCGACGGCCAGGACCACCCCAUGGUGGGCGUGCCGAGCGAGCCGCGACCGUGGGAUGCGUUCGUGGGCCCUGGGGGUGGCCCGGAUGGAGUCUUCCGUUUUGGCCCACCCCCCCGGUUGCGGGAGUGCGGGAGGAUGCCACCCCAGGUGGGCGUGUGGUGGGGGACCACCCCAUCCCUCACACCGAGGGGAGCAUGGCAGAGGCUCCACCUUUGGGAGGGGGUACGGACCACUCUUUUGUCGUGCAGCGCGUCAGGGCAGCAGUUAUGGGGGUUGUGUCCGCAGCUAGUGGUGAGGACGAGGGGCGAGAUUGCCGGGGUGCCGGGCCUGAGGAUGGCCCUGCGACUCUGGGGGAGGAUGAGUCUGAGGCCGACUAUGUGGACUGUGACCCAUGA